AGCCAUGCGGAUCCGGUAAUGCCAUGCGGGACUCACGAUGUCCAUGUUACUAAUAUGCAUGAGAAGCUUUUACGGUCACCACCCCACAAGAGCUUCGAGCUGGGUACUACAGAGGGAUGCAUUGUGCCCGCAGAAACCUUCAGAUUGUGCGUUUGCUGUACUGGAGAAGGAGCGAGGCCCCAUCAACAUCAAAUCACUGAACUCAUGUUUGAUGGAGGAGAACCUGAAGAAGCAGCAUGAAGCCGUGUUGCAAUGGGCAAGUAUGACAAUUUGUUAAUAUGUUUGCUGCAAAGUCAAGCAAGGGAGGCUGGAAUUGGGCUGAGUCCUUGCGUUUUGGAUGCUCUUAGCCAUAGCCAUCUUUAAGUCUUGGUUUGAAGGCACCAUAAGCCCUGACCAUUCAAAUACCCGCGCAAGAUGCCCAGGCGCCCUCCUUGGGUUCUUCUUACUUUGGCCACGGUGCUUUGCCUCUGACUUUAAUGCAAGCCUGGUGAAAGCCGACGGGGCUUUGCAAGAGGUUGAGGUUGCUUUGCAGGAGAUUCAGCUCCACAAUGCAGCAAUUACACAAAUGCUCAACCAGAAGGCCCCACUGACUAGAAGAGAAGCACACUCCUUGACUUUGGAAGCUACAGCAGAACGAGUGGCGGAGCACAGACUCUUCGAGGCCAUGAACCGAGCGGAUCAGGAUCUUCGAGGUGGGCGAAACUCCACCAAUCAGACCAACCAGAUCGAUGCCUCAUGCCACGAGUGCUCUUGGUUUGACAGGCUUUUGCUUGACAUCAGCCGCCAACGUAUCUUUGUCCUGGCCGGGUUAAUCGCAUCACUGGUCAUUCUGACGUGUGGGUGCUUCUGGGGAUAUCGCCGAAAAUCAGAAGCGGGCGAUUUGGAGAUAGGAACCGAUGAUCUUGACGAGGUUUGGUUCCGGAAGCCGGCCCCUCCAGGGUCACCGGCAUCGCCCUCACCAAAGGGGCUGCCCAAAGGGCCAAGAAGGUCAUGAAAAGACGGAAGAA